AUGGACCAUCAUCAUCAUCAUCACCAACAACAACAAUAUGGCCGCGAAUCAGACGCCCGAUUGCGCCAAUUUGCCGACCAACUGGACUACGUGUGUCCGGCGGUCGGUCUAAACUAUUUGCGUUCGCCGCUUGUCCGCUACCGAUACCCGGCGGCCACACCAGCUAUUGUCAAUCGUAUUGGUGGCCAACUGUUGGCCAAUCAGCGAUUCUAUACGCAAGUGUGUCAUCUGAUGAACAAAAUGAAUCUGCCGGUGCCUUUCGAUGACGAUGAUGGCCAUCAACCCGAUAGACCCGAAGACACUAAUAUGACGACCACUGCUGAGACUGUCGUUACCGCCGCCGGCCACCGAAGUCCGUCGGUGUGUUCGUCCGAAUCGGAACUGGAAAUGACCGACACUGAAGCGGCUGRUGUGCUGAAACCGCCGCCACCGCCGCCGCCAAUACGAUUGGCUAAGAGACCAACUAAACGAUUGAAGACAGGAUUUGUCGGCGAAAAGGCUGACCAACUGACCGAUGAGUUUGUUGUUGCAGUCGACAAAUGCAAGCCAUCGACAUCGUCGUCGUCCUCGUCGACAACGGCCGCUAAAGUGGCCGCGCAAUCGCCGAUAGAUGUGUUUGAAAACUUGUUGACCGAAAAAAACUUAAACAAACAGAAACCCAAUAUUGCCGUCAAAAUACAAACGAAAAAUUUUAAUUAA